AAAUUGUAAGGGAGAGGCUUUGAGAUAAAACCCCAGGAAGAACUUCCCGAGUCUGUGCAUGUUGGGGCAGAAAGAGCGGCAGAGCCAGCUCCUUCCCUGUCUCCUGUUGGAAUCAUCCGUGCGCCCCACCCCCGCUCCCUCCCUCCUUCCCUCCGACAGCGCCCCCAGUCUCCAAACGGCCCGCACCCCGCCCCUGGCGGCCGCCUCUCGCGGCUCCCGGGGUCCCCAGCUCCCUGUCCCCGGAGCCAGAGCCCCGCUCCCGCUCUCGCUCCCGCGCGGCUCCCAGCCCCGCCGCGCCGCCCCCCGCAUGCUAAUGGCCGGGCCGCCUCCCGCCGCACACAAUGCGGGCCAGGGCCGGGGGCGGGGGACCGGGGAGGGGGCGGGGGCCGGGCCGGGGGCGGGGGGGCCGGGGCCCGGCGCAUCUCCCCCGGCCCCACGUAACGCUGACGCCCGCGCCGCCGGCCCGCCGCCCGCCGCCGCCGCCGCCGCCGCCGCCGCCGCCGCCGCCCGCUCCGCCGCCGCCCGCCCGGGGCUCGGCUCACGUCCCCGCGCCCCGGGCGGCCACCUAGCGCCGUCGCCACCGGCCUUCGACGGCGAACUGGAUCUGCAGCGCUACUCCAACGGGCCAGGCGUAAGCGCCGGGUCUCCGGGGAUGGGAGCAGUGGGCUGGUCUGAGAGUCGCACAGGCGAACGGCGCUUCCCCUGCCCUGUAUGCGGGAAGCGCUUCCGCUUCAACUCUAUCCUGGCUUUGCACCUACGGGCGCACCCAGGCGCCCAGGCCUUCCAGUGCCCGCACUGCGGCCACCGUGCUGCGCAGCGGGCCCUGCUGCGCUCGCACCUGCGCACGCACCAGCCUGAGCGCCCGCGAAGCCCCGCCGCGCGCCUGUUGCUGGAGUUGGAGGAGCGCGCGCUACUGCGGGAAGCGCGGCUGGGGAGACCCCGGAGCUCAGGGGGCCUGCAGGCCACCCCUGCCACUGAGGGCCUGGCGCGGUCCCAGGCUCCUUCAUCGUCCGCCUUCCGUUGCCCCUUCUGCAAAGGCAAGUUUCGCACCGCGGCAGAGCGCGAACGCCACCUGCACAUUCUGCACAGGCCCUGGAAGUGCGGCCUGUGCAGUUUCGGCUCCAGCCAGGAGGAGGAGCUGCUGCACCACAGCCUGACGGCCCACGGAGCUCCUGAGCGCCCCCUGGCGGCAACCUCGGCUGCACCCCAGCCUCAGCCUCCACCCCAGCCUGAACCCAGAUCCGUCCCUGAGCCCGAGCCGGAGCCUGAACGUGAGGCAACCCCCGUCUCCGCGCCUGCUGCUCCCGAGGAGCCCCCCGCGCCUCCGGAGUUCCGCUGUCAAGUGUGUGGCCAGAGCUUUACGCAGUCCUGGUUUCUCAAGGGCCACAUGCGCAAGCAUAAGGCCUCCUUCGAUCAUGCAUGUCCUGUUUGUGGCCGCUGCUUCAAGGAGCCCUGGUUCCUUAAGAACCACAUGAAGGUGCACGCCAGCAAGCUGGGCCCACUGCGUGCCCCGGGGCCUGGUUCUGGGCCUGCCCGGGCCCCCCAGCCUCCUGAUCUGGGCCUGCUGGCCUAUGAGCCUCUGGGCCCCGCGCUCCUCUUGGCCCCGGCGCCCACCCCGGCUGAGCGCCGUGAGCCUCCGAGCCUCCUGGGAUACCUGAGUCUGCGAGCCGGCGAGGCCCGGCCCAAUGGUGAGGGCGCUGAGCCUGGGGCUGGCCGCAGCUUUGGAGGCUUCCGCCCACUGCCCUCUGCUCUCCCAGGCCGGGCUCGCCGGCACCGCGCGGAGGAGCCAGACGAGGAAGAGGAGGUGGUGGAGGCAGAGGAAGAGACCUGGGCCCGGAGCAGGGCAGUGGGCCCUCUGGCUUCACUGCCCCCACGCCCAGGCGAGGGCCCAGGGAACUCUGCGACUGCUGCGGGGGCCCCGGCGAGGUCCAGCGCCACGCAGGAAGAGAAUGGGCUCUUAGUUGGAGGGGCCCGGCCUGAAGGGGGCCGGGGGGCCAGCGGCAAGGACUGCCCCUUUUGUGGAAAAUCAUUCCGCUCAGCGCAUCACCUCAAAGUGCACCUGCGAGUGCACACAGGAGAGCGCCCCUACAAGUGUCCGCACUGCGACUACGCGGGCACCCAGUCCGGGUCGCUCAAGUAUCACCUGCAGCGCCACCACCGGGAGCAGAAGAGCGGGGCAGGCCCCGGGCCUCCUCCAGAGCCGCCACCCCCUUCCCAGCGGGGUGCAACCCAGUCGUCGGGAGCCAAACCGGCUGCGCAGCCUGCGACCUGGGUGGAGGGCACAGCGAGCUCCCGGCCUCCCUCGAGCGGCGCCGCGUCGGGGUCCCGUCGGAAGCCCGCCAGCCCCGGGAGGACCCUGCGCAACGGGCGAGGCGGUGAGGCCGAACCCCUCGACCUGUCCCUGCGGGCAGGGCCGGGAGGCGAGGCUGGGCCGGGGGGUGCCCUCCACCGAUGCCUCUUCUGUCCCUUCGCCACUGGAGCCCCCGAGCUCAUGGCCUUGCACCUGCAAGUGCACCACAGCCGCAGGGCUCGGGGCCGAAGGCCGCCCCAGGCCGAUGCAUCCCCGCCCUAUGCCCGAGCACCGUCCGGAGAGACCCCUCCCAGUCCUCCGCAGGAAGGGGAGGAGGGCCCCGGGCUGUUGCGUUCAGGAGAGCCUGGGCUGGGGGGACAAGAAAGGUAGGGAGCCCUCUUACGGGCUAUUAGCUUAGUGAGUUUACCCCGCAGGAGCGGGGCUGCGCUAGAGGUAGUUGGGUAGAGCAGCCAGCAGGGGGCAGCGUGGGACCCAUAUCCCAGCCCCGGGCGGACCAGAGGUGGAGGGGGCAGAGGGCGUUAGGAGGGUGGGUGGGCGAUACCCACCCAGCCCAAGAGAGUCACAGUGCCUUAGAAGUGGCAGGGGUGAGGAUCAAAGAACGGGGUCCCAGGGCUGGCAGGAGUGUUCCUGGUGAGGGGCAGCUUUGCCAGUCUUUGCUGGUCCAUAGGCGUGAGAGUUUAUUUUUGUACAAUGGGUGGGGGUGGGGGCACUGUACCCUUCUAGCCCCUCCAGGGGCCCUGUAGACGUUGCUAUUUUUGGUACGAUUUCUGUCAUCCCUGUCGCAGAGUUGUGUCCCCAAUAAACAGGUGUCUUGAGGCACAGGGCACUGUG